AUGACAUGCCAAGAAGAGUCUGUAGUCACUGUCGAAGAGGCCUUCACACAUGCCACACCGGCAAAAGCAGCGCGCAAGCCUGUACUGACUGAGCCCAUGAAAGACAACGUCUUGUUGGAGCGCCUUGGCUGGGAUGAGACAGCUGUGCAGCGGGUGCAGCGUUUCGCGCAUCAGAGCGUUGCUGGACGAUUAGGCGGUAGUGAUCUCCGUAGCGCUGUACGUCAAACGUUGCAAGAAGCAGGGUUCAGUGGUCGCGAGGAAGAGACUGCUGCCUUUACGUUCACGAGUCGGACAGAGGAGAACGGGAACUACGAGACGGGGAUUGGGAGUGAUGCUGAUCCAUUCGUCGUCGGUAUUAGUUUAAAGAAGCUACUGCGCUGUGCAGAUCGCGAUCCCGAGUCUUUUGUUUUUUACAUGGACUCUACCUAUAAGCUCACUCAAGUCGGGGUAUCCGCUUAUUGUCGUUGGGCUAUCGGACAAGGCAAGGCACUUUCACCUCCUGGCUAUUUUCAUAGUAUCCCGGCAGCAUGA